GAGCAACAACCGAAUAUGUGUGAAGAGCGCGAACGAUACCAGUCGCCUGCUUCCCAGAAUAGACUGAUUUAUUUUCGGCGGUAACGGGACGUAUAUUUAUUUGUUGUAACGGCAACAGACAAUCCUCAACACACACCAUGACGAAACGAUCCUCGAUUGUUGCCUGCCUGCUAUUCCUCUUGGGAACUUCUACCGCCGCCGCUUGGACUCCGCCUGUCGUGGUUCCAUCUGUUACACAUCACACGGGAAAGGCCGCUGCGCAACAUCAAUCCCAGUUUCAGCAUCCCCAUGAUGCUUUGUCGGAGCACGUUCAAGAAUGGGUUUCGAGCCGAGGGCAGACAGUGAACGAAUGGUUCGGGGUUCCACCCGCCAAUGCCGCCGAAGCAUCGGGGCCGCCCACCAAGAACGAAAUUCUGACCCUUCAAAAGGCCUUUGCGGCGUUUUAUGGCACCCAGCGAGAUCCAGAGGCAGCCCUGCCACUUCUGGACGAAUCCGUCAAAGCCUUCGAGAGACAGCCCGCCGACGAACGCGCGGGAUUGUACCGGGUUCGGGGGGAUUGCAAAAUGGCCCUGAAGGAUCCGGUGGCGGCCGUAGAGGAUUAUUCGAUGGCCAUUGACUUGCUGAAGCUUCCCGAGGCAAAGGAAAAGGCUGAUCCCGCCGAAUUACCGGCAUCGACGUGAGUGUUCGUUUUAUUGUUCGUUCUUGUUGUUUUCAUAGCUUGUUUUUGUUGAUGCGAUUGGAUUUAGUUCCACGUAAAAAGACCCUGAUGCGAGAAAAGAUUAUAGCCUUGCAGUGCCCAGAAUUCACGACACGGGCUGACACGGGCUCCUUUUUCUUUAUGUACAAAUCUAUGAAUGGUAUUCGAAAGACUCGGACGGGCCCGUGCUAUUCGCAGCCUAGGAGCCAGGGCGACACCCGAGCAGGCCAAGAGUGCUGUCGGCGAUUACAAAGAAGCCUUGAUCCUGAACUCGAGAGACGACUGGGAUACGGAAGCGGAACAAAUCGAGGACGGGGCCAAGACCAAUCCGUAUGCGGCCUGGGAAUAUGGAAUGGCCCUGAGGCGCAACGGGCAGUACGAGGAAGCCAAGGCGAUGCACACGUUCACGAGCGACCUCUUUGAUUCCAUCGGGGAUCGGCCACGUUCCGUCAUCAGCUUGCUGGACGCCGGAGUCGAUGCCGCGAGUGCGGAGGCCGCAGGAUCGGCUUCCAAGGGUGGCGAGGACGCCAAGAGCCUCUUGAAGAGGGCCAUAUCCUACACCACCACGACGGAGAGCCGGGAUGUGUCUCUCUUGCAACGCGUCGUAGCCAAGGAGGGGGAGGGACGAAUCGUGCUGGCGGCCAUCGAGUGGGCCGACAAGGACAAGUCACUCCGGGCCGACGCCGAGAAGGAAUUGUCGACCGCGUGCGAGCGACUGGACCAGCUCGAACAGGAUGCCUUGUCGCGGGGAAGAAAGGCUCCCUCGUCCACCUCCACGGCACUAGCGGUGAGGUUCAACAUCGACGACUACCCCGGUGCGCUCGAAACAUCUUGUUCCCGCAUCACAAAAAACCGAGAUUUUCAAAGAGAUCGGUUGGAACUCCCGGAUCUGUUGCAAGAAAAGAUUCAAAAACUAAAUCAAUUGAAAUAAAUAUAUAGGUUCUGAAGAGUUAAGGAUAUUUGUUU